AUGGCGAGAAAAGAGGUCGGCAAGAAGCCAGACGCGAUGGACAUGCUCCUGUCGCCGAGCCGUGGGCUGCUUGGCGGGGAUGAGGACGAGUCACUGCGCAACCACGAGGUGCAGGAGCGGUUUCGCAAGCAUGUCGACGAGAAGCUGCAGAGGUGGUCGUCUGCCCAUCCUUCGACGGGUGCUCAGGCAGAAGCGCGCAGACGAAGACUGGAGGAGCUGAGCAUCAUCUUGCUGGACUUUCGGAAACUUCGUGAGGGAGUGACUUCCAGUCGUCGAACGGACGCUUUUGCUUGCGAAGCCUACGAAGCCUCGGUGCUCCUCUCGAUUCACGCCUCGAAUGACGCGCAGCUUUCGUCCUCCCUUCCGCCUCUCGUCUCUUCGCUGCAUCCGGCUCCUCUCACACGAUGUUCUACAUCGGCUACGGAUACUCACAGCGAUGUGAGCGACGCCUUCGCUCGUCUCGACAUCUCGCCCGCGCCGGACGCCCCAACUUGCGCCUUCUUCCUCACGCUUCACCUGCUGCAUUCGCAUCUUCUUCCGGCAUUCUCGACGCCUAACACGCCGCAAACCCCCGCCUCGUCGUCCUCCGCACAUCCACCAUUAUCUUCCUUCCUCCCGACCCUCUUCGGCCACCUUCGUACCCUGCAUCUCCCUCUACCGACUGCGCUCACGCCGAUUCCGCAACUCUCCGACUCACACAUCCGCUUCCUCCUCUCCUUCUACUACGCCCUCCUCCGCAACUCGUACACCUCGCUCGCACGCCUCCUCUCGCCUUCCCACCUCCCAGCUCCUCCGCCCGCAGUCACCGCCCUCAUCACCUCCCUACAUCUCCCCCCGACAUUUCACCCUCUCGCCACGCUCCUCUUGACACACUCGGCGGCGAUACGGACGAACCGCAUCUGGCCGGUCGUGCACAAGGCGUAUCGAUUCCCGCCUGAUCCAACGGCGUGGCUUUCGAAGGGGCUCUUGUUCGAGUUCGAGGUGGAGCAGGACCAGCGGGCAGCGGGAUCACUCGAGCGAAAGGAGCGGAAGGAACGCGUGAGCGAGAGCUGGGAGGACGAGGACGAAGAGCAGGACGGGCAGGAGGCGAGACGAGCGGAGGCGGCGAGACGGGCAGAAGCGUGGGUGGCAGAGAGAAAGGCUGCACGAUAG